AUGGUUAGGUUUUUAGAAUUAAAGGGUUUCUAUGAACUAGAGAGGACAAUAGGAUGCGGAGGCUUCGCAAAGGUAAAGUUAGCUACCCAUUUGGCCACGGGGGAGAAAGUGGCUAUUAAAAUAAUGGACAAGGCUUUGUUGGGUGCUGAUUUAUCAAGAGUAAAAUUGGAAAUUUCGGCUUUAAAAUCGUUGUGCCACGAUAAUAUAUGUAAAUUAUAUGAAGUAAUAGAAACGGAAACACACAUAUUUUUAGUGAUGGAAUAUUGCUCAGGAGGGGAACUAUUCGAUCACAUAGUCGAAAAGAAUCGUUUAACAGAGACUGAAAGUAGAACGUUCUUUAGGCAAAUCGUAUCAGCCGUUGCAUAUUUACAUAGCAUAGGCUAUGCGCACAGAGAUCUCAAACCUGAAAAUAUUCUGCUGGAUAAACACCAAAAUUUGAAAUUGAUCGAUUUCGGUCUGUGCGCAAAACCGGCCGGAGGAAUGGAGAACCCUUUAUUUACUUCUUGCGGGUCCCCGACGUACGCGGCCCCCGAACUGGUACAAGGCAAACAGUAUUUGGGAACGGAGGUCGAUGUUUGGGCGAUGGGCGUCUUGCUGUAUGCUUUGCUCGUGGGCGCAUUGCCCUUCGAUGAUGUCAACAUUGAUAGUCUCUACAAGAAAAUAUUGAUCGGCAAAUAUCCGGAACCGUCAUUUUUGUCAUCGGAAAGCCUGCAGCUGAUCAGGUCGAUGUUGCAAGUGGAUCCGAAGAAACGAAUCACCAUUCAAGAGAUGCUCUCUCACAAAUGGAUUACCUUCGGGAUAUUAGAACCCGUACAAUAUUUUCCGCGAAACAAUAAGAAUUACCAACGCGAUUGCAUAGAUGUCAUGGCUUCUCAUUACAACGUCGAAAGUAGGAAAAUAUGGCAGCAUUUGAAAAAAUGGAAGUACGAUUACAGCACUUCCACUUAUCUCCUUUUAGUUGCUAAGAAAAAACGAGGUUCUAGUCUUAAGUUGAACAAUUUAUUGGUCAAAGUACCUGUCGAGAAGGAUGAAGGUUGUGUGUUGAGAAGGAAACCAGCUUUACGAAGCAAUAACGUAACUGUAAUCCCUAAAAAAAUAGAUGGGGAUUUGAAAAGAAUUCUCGAGGAAGUUACACCUAAAAAAGCGCAUAGUGGAGUAAAUGCAAAGUUCGUAACACCUCCUAAGCCUCCUAGUAUAAGAAAACCGUUUAAAAGAAUCAGGAGUCCAGGACCAGAAGAUAAUUCUCCAGUUCCGCCGAAGAAAAUUUCGAUCGGUCCUGCGACGCCGACACAACCAGUCGAUAAGAAAAUUGCGAGUUCUGUAGAAACACCGAGUUCGGCGAGGCGUGUUUUAGGCACGAUCGAGCGAUCGUUUCAUAAAGUGGUAAAUGUAUUAACGCCGAGGAAACUGGAGGAAACGAUUUCGGGUCGACCGUCCCUUCUUACCAGCAAGGAGUUGUUUAACGUUUCCACAACGCAAUGUCGCGAUCCGGAAUUCGUGAUGAUCGAGCUGUCUAAAGCUUUGGAAAAGAAAGGGGUCGCUUGUAAGCGAAAAGGUUUUACGCUAAGGGGUAAAUUGGAGCCGAAUGCAAACAAAAAUCUCGGGGAAUGUUCGUUCGAAUUGGAAAUUUGCCUUAUUCCCGAUAUCCAUCAGCUGCCCCAAACGAACACCCCGUCCAAGUCCAUACUGAAAAAGGGGAUGGGAAAUACGCCUGUGAAAAAUUCGAAAGGCCUGGAUAAUUUCGUGGGCAUACGAAGGAAGCGUUUGCGGGGCGAUGCCUGGUGUUACAAGAAAGUUUGCGAAGAAAUAUUGGCGUUGACGUCCAAGGAAUUCGUCUUCACGGAGUCUUCUGUGUGA